GGCGAGGUAUACAUUUUGUGUCGUCUCUUCCUCACACAGCACUGCGUGGUGUCAGAUUUAACUAUAAUCCAGCAGAAAAGUUUCCUCCACGAUGUCAGACACAUCAGAGCCCCACACAUCCAAAGAGACACUGGACGCUCCUCGUUACGAUGUGCCCUCUACUCCGCCACCAUUAUACUCCUACGAAGGACAGCAACCUCCACCUUACUCUGCAGCCCCGGAAAUGUACCCUCCACCCAAAGUCGAGACAAAUUGCAUCAAUCAGCCUACAACUGGGUACGAGUCUUUCGCCGAUAUCUGCCCAGAGGCCUCGUCGGACACAACUCCACUGAUGGCCUCAUCUUCUUUUGAUGACAAGACAGUGAGGAGAGCGUUUGUUAGAAAGGUGUUCAGCAUCCUGACUCUCCAGCUGCUGUUCACCUUCAGUGUGGUGUGUGUGUUCACCUUCUCCAGCGUGGUCAAAGAGGCGGUGCAGACCAACCUGGGGGCCUACCUCAGCUCCUUCGUCAUCUUCAUCGUGGUCGCCUUGGCCCUCAGCUGCUGCAAGUCCUUCAGUCGACGUCAUCCCUGGAACAUCGUUGGAUUGGUUGUGGUCACCGUGAGCUUUUCUUACAUGGCGGGAACCAUCGCCUCCUUCCACGACACCACUGCAGUCGUCAUCACUAUGGCAGCAACGAUGGUCAUUUCUGUCGCAAUCAUUGCAUUCUCCGCACAGACUCGUUUUGAUUUCACUGUUUGGUACGGUGUUCUGCUGAUUCUGGCCGUGGACGUGGUCAUGUUUGGGUUCUUCUGCACCUUCUACUACUCCUACAUCAGUGAGGUCGCCUAUGGAUGUCUGGGUGCUCUGCUGUAUUCACUGUUCCUGAUGAUUGACUGUCAGCUGAUGAUGGGGAUGAUGAGCUACCGUCUGGAUCCAGAGGAGUACAUCAACGCUGCUCUCAACAUCUACCUGGACAUAAUGCUCAUCUUCCUCUACCUGCUGGGGAGGAGAUGAAGCUAAAAUACAUAAAACACACACAAACACACACAGACGGACUGAUACUCCAAAAUGUUUCCAAGAUGAAAAUGUCUAUAUUAUUAUGUAUAUACUGUAACUCCUGUUUUAACUGACACUACUACAAAAACAAAAAUCUGUAUGAAAUAUCGUUGUACUGUAUCUGUUUAUUUCGCAGUGCAUGAUUACCAACAG